AUGGAAGGAGGGAUGAGAAGCAAGGCGGAGAUAGAAGCGAACAAGCCAGAGAGGGGGAUAGGGAGACAGGGGAUGAGUCCGCUGAGCCAGGCGUUGUGGAAGGAGAAGGUAGAGACGGAGUUCAUAGGCGAUGUGUCCGCGAGGCUGUCAUGGAAGGAUCUGACCGUGACGGCGACGGUGGGCGGCGGGGAGGCGAAGGCGGUGCUGACGGGAGUCACCGGCUACGCCAAGCCCAGGACGAUGACGGCGGUGAUGGGUCCUUCGGGGUCGGGGAAGUCAACGCUCCUCGACGCCCUCUCCGGCCGCCUUCCCUCCAACGCCUUCCUCUCCGGUACCGUCCUCCUCAAUGGCCGCAAUACCAAGCUAUCCUUUGGGACUGCGGUGAGUUGUUAUCUCUUUGUCCUCUCAGAAAGAUAGAUAGAUAAAUCGAGAGAGAGAGAGAUAGAGAGCGGGGAGAGACGAAGAGAGGAGGAGAGAGAGAGAGAGAGAGAGAGAGAGAGAGAGAGAGAGAGAGAGGGGGGAGGGAGAGAAGAGGAGAGAGAGAGAGGGGGAGAGAGGGGGGGAGAGGGAGAGAGGAGAGAGAGAGAGAGAGGGGGAGAGAGAGGGAGAGAGAGGGAGAGAGAAAGAGAGAGAGAGAGAGAGAGAGAGAGAGAGAAAGAGAGAGAGAGAGAGAGAGAGAGAGAGAGAGAGAGAGAGAGAGAGAGAGAGAGAGAGAGAGAGAGAGAGAGAGAAAGAGAGAGAGAGAGAGAGAGAGAGAGAGAGAGAGAGAGAGAGAGAGAGAGGGGGAAAGAGAGGGAGAGAGAGGGAGGGAGCGAGAGAGGGAGGGAGCGAGAGAGAGAGGGAGCGAGAGAGAGAGAGAGAGAGCUUACAGAAAGCAAGGGAGUUAUCUAUCUGGAUUAUAUUGCUAACUAGGAGUCAUCUCGGCCAAUCCCGACCAUGAUAAACCCCUCAUGUAAUACAGUUAGCCAACGUUGAAUUAUUGUUAACUAUUGUUAACUAUUUUGGAGUUGAGAAGUGUUUAUCUGACGUCCAUCUGUUACAGGCUUACGUGACUCAGGAGGACAACCUGAUCUCCACUCUGACAGUGAGGGAGACCAUAUCCUACACGGCACACCUCCGUCUGCCGGAAAAGAUGCCGUGGUCGGAGAAGAAGUGCCUCGUCGAUGGAACCAUCGACGAGAUGGGCCUCCGGGACUGCGCCGACACGCCGAUCGGCAACUGGUACCUGCGCGGGAUCAGCACCGGCGAGAAGAGGCGGGUCAGCAUCGCCGUCGAGAUCCUAAUGCGUCCCCGCCUCCUCUUCCUCGACGAACCGAUCAGUGGUCUCGACAGGUAGGAGGAAGCUCCACUGUACGCCCUCUCACGUCCAUAGGGUUUCCUCCGAUUCCUCUAAGCCCAGCGGCCGUUUUCAGUGCCUCCGCCUUCUUCGUCGUCCAGACGCUGAGAAACCUCGCCAGAGAUGGAAGAACAGUGAUCGCCUCCGUCCACCAGCCCAGCAAUGAAGUCUUCGACCUCUUCGACCACCUCUGCCUGCUCUCAGGAGGGCGAAUCGUCUACUUCGGCCAGGCAUCGGAAGCGUACGAUGUAGGCCGACAACCUCCUCUUCACUUUCAUCUGAUUUCCAUGUAAAGAGAUCUAAGCCGAGAAUCUCCGAUCGUCAAGUUCUUCACCCACGCCGGGUUCCCGUGCCCACCGCUGAGGAACCCCUCGGACCAUUUCCUCCGGUGCAUCAACUCGGAUUUCGACAAGGUUGGAGCCACACUCAAGGUAGGAUCUCUCUUCCCGAAUCUCUAGCCCACGGAAUGAACGAUUUCAUCUCCUAACGGAGCUUUCCAUCUCUCUUCCUUCUUCUCUAGUCUGAGCGUGGGGUUGAUCCCCCGGAGGAAGUCACCGCCGCAGAGGCGACCCUGCGGCUGAUCCAUUUAUACAAUACUUCACCGUAUAGCCGUGCGACGAGAGAGGAGGUAGAAGAGAUGGCCAAAGUGGUAUGUAGACUAGACACGAACGAAGAUUGGCUGACUGAGAUGCUCCCAGUACAGGUUCUCACCGGAGCUUCGUCUUGCAGGAGGGUCUGGUAUUGGAGUCGAUGGGAAGCCAGGCCAGCUUCCUGAUGCAGACUCGGACCCUGGUAAGGCGGUCCUUCACCAACAUGUGGAGGGAUUUCGGGUACUACAGGAUGCGGUUCAUCAUCUACGUGAUCGUCUCCAUCUGCAUCGGGACCAUCAACUGGAACCUGGGAACGAGCUACACCGCGAUCCAGGUACUUUCUUUUCUUCCCACUUUGGCUUCCCCUUGUUGAACCCUAACUCCGUGGAGCUGGCUGAAACAGUCAAGAGGGGCAUGCUCCGCUUUCGUCUUCGGCUUCGUCACCUUCAUGUCGGUCGGGGGGUUCCCCUCCUUCGUUGAGGAUAUGAAGGUGAGCUUUGCAGACCCUCACCUUUGGGGGUCGCGCGCGCGCGCGAGAGAGAGAGAGAGAGAGAGAGAGAGAGAGAGAGAGAGAGAGAGAAACUCACUAAUAGAAACUUUGGGGGGUGCAGGUUUUCCAGAGAGAGAGGCUCAACGGGCACUACGGCGUGGCGGCGUUCGCCAUCAGCAACACGCUCUCGGCGGUGCCCUUCCUGAUCCUCAUCUCCAUCACCGCCGGGAGCAUCUGCUACUCUAUGGUGCGCCUGCACCCGGGGUUCAGCCACUACCUCUUCUUCGUCCUGGGUCUCUACGCUAGCAUCACCGUCGUAGAGAGCUUGAUGAUGGUCGUGGCCACCUUCGUCCCCAACUUCCUAAUGGGCCUCAUGAUCGGCGCCGGAAUACAGGUGAGCCCUCAACACCACACCUCACAAAAACAGUAGGACGGCAGCUGUGUGACGAGUCAUUAAUGUUUCGUGGGCCAGGGGAUCUUCAUGCUGGUUUCCGGGCACUACCGGCUCCCCCAGGACCUCCCGAAACCCGUCUGGAAGUACCCCUUGUCCUACAUCAGCUUCCACUUCUGGGCCCUACAGGUAAGCAUUUACCCGCGGAGACGCUAAAACAGUCAUCCUCCGUCAGUCAACGCCCUUCAUUACAAUUUAUCCCCCCACCUCCGAGCAGGGCCAGUACAAGAACGACUUCGAGGGGCUGUCCUUUGAGAACCAAUCGCCGGAGCUCCCCCGGAUCCCCGGAGAGUACGUGCUCCAGAAGCUCCUGCGGGUCAGCAUCCAACGGUCCAAAUGGAUCGAUCUGAGCGUCCUCUUCAGCAUGGUCAUCAUCUACCGGCUCCUGUUCUUUGCCAUGAUCAAAGCCAGAGAGGAAGUGACCCCGCGGCUCAGGCGACGCGCCGCCAGGAGGAUGCUUCUCCGGCAGGAGAGGAGAGGCGGCGCAGCCGACGACAUGGCCCUGGGCUCCCUCGACCGAUCUCCGUCCCUGAGGAUGCAAGGAGAAGGCGUUUACAUCGGCUAG